GGCACAUGUCACGUCGACAGCACUCAAUGCGGUUCUCAUACCUUUUACUCCACUGUUCUCGCUGAUGAACAACAAAUUUGAAUUGAUUUUUUUUUUUAAUUUGUCAUUCUGUGAUUUUCUGAUUGACGAGGGAAUCGUCUUCUUUACAGAACCGAGAGAGGAUACACUGCGGUACAAACAAACAAUGAGGAUGUGUUCUUAUGCACGAUAGCAUUGAUGCAGCGAGACUGGAGACAGCGACAUUGCAAUAAUUGCAAAGUGUUUUAAUAUCACACGGUCCGUUUGGUGGAGCCAUUUGUUCAUAGAAUUGACUACAGAGAUAAACACCAGACAUCAGCAGUAUACAUCAAGCGCUGAGUUACAGAACAAGCUUAGGAUCUUCGGAUUUCAGCCGACUGAAUGUGGUGAUUUAGUCAGAUCUACUGAUUAGAAAAACCUAUCUUCAAGAGUCAUCUAACGUUAUCUCCAGGAAGUAAAAGUUUGUUCUCUUGAUCUCAGCCACGGUAUCUGACUCCUGCCGCCAGCAUGGAUGACACCACCCAUUGGCCUAACGUCUCCGUAAACUGCUCACAGGGAAACUGGACGACGGAGAAUUGUACGGAUGACUAUGGCCCAUCGGAAGAUUUUAAAGAUUGGGGAGGAAUUGUGGCAGGAGUGUUCCUACUAAUCGUCUGUGUGAUGGGUCUUAUUGGUAACAGCAUGGUCAUCUUUGUGGUACUGCGCUACGCCAAGAUGAAAACAGUAACUAAUUCCUACAUCUUGAACCUCGCCAUUGCUGACGAUCUUUUCAUGAUUGCAUUGGUGUUUCUCUCCAUAGCAACUUUAGCUGGUAACAAUUGGGUGUUUGGCCCGGUUAUGUGCCACGUGGUAUACGCCAUUGAUGGUUUGAAUAUGUUUACUAGUGUUUUUUGCUUGACUGCCAUGAGUAUGGAUCGUUAUGUAGCUGUUUGCCAUGCACGGAGGGUUCGCGGAUACCGCACCUUACGACUUGCGACCUGCGUUAACAUUGGUGUAUGGUUCUUAGCGCUGGCUGCUGCUAGUCCUAUGAACAUCGUACUGCGUUACGAUCCCGAAGAUUUAGCUUGCCAUUUCAAUUUUAACGCAGUAUUUGGUGACGACUACUACGCAGUCGACUUAACACAGAAACUGUUCAUGAUCUACACGUCCUUAAUGGGUUUCGUCAUUCCACUCUUCAUCAUCUGCGUGUGCUAUUCAAGUAUCGUCAUGCGACUGAGAAAGAUUGGAGCAAGAACCGGUAAAAUGAAGAAAUCAAAGAAAGUGAACCGUUUAGUGUUUUUCGUCGUGUUGGCUUUCUUUAUGUGUUGGUGGCCGUUUUAUGUCUGGCGUACCGUUGUCGUGUUUGUACCAAGCAUCAGGCAACACUGGCACAAUUCAAUACUUAUGUCUGACUUUACCAUGUGUUUGAGUUAUCUGAACAGCUGUGCUAAUCCACUGUUGUACGGAUUUCUUAGCGGCAACUUCAAGAAGAGUUUUAAGAAAGUUUGGAGUUGUUCAAAAGAGGAGGUCCUGAAUGGACCGGUAACGCGACGGACUCCAACCCCAGCCCAGCCCAUGUAACACCACACACCUGCUGAGGCUUGGACCAGACCACAUAUAGCUUGACGUAGUACGAACACUGAACAUGCAUCUACAUCAGCAUAACUAUUGACAACAUCCGCAUAAGACGGUCUCACCGACCAAAGUAAAAUUGUAGAUUUUGAAUCGAAAUUCAUGACCUUCCUUAUUGUAUAUCCAUCGAAGAAAAUCUCAUCAUUGUACUUUGGCAGCGGUAUACCUUUAGCAAAAAUGUGCAAAUAAAUCAGAAGGUGCCAUCAUUCAAAUUCUGGAAAAGGAAUCAAAUAAAGGUCCCGUCUUCAAACGGGUUUAAUGUCGGAGAGAAGCGUUUUACCUCAUUUCCAUAAGAAGAUGAUGUUUAAUGUUAGUGGAAAAAGCUUCUUUCACAUGGUUUUUAUUUGUAUUCCAACAAUUUGACAUUUGUUGGUCGAGUUAUCGAAUGAUGCGGCUGGUAUCGUUUUAUUUGCGCACACAGCCAUAAUGCCAUACAGUCGGUAUACACGUGAUUUGAAUGGCUGUAAACUGUAUUUAUUGCACAUGUCACUGUAAUUGCCUUACCAACGUGUAACCCACUGGUCACCCAUGUUAAAUCCUGUAUGUAUCCCAACGGUACCCAGUGUAACCCACAUGAAACCUACAUAUGUAACCCAUAUGUUACCCAUGUGUGCUCAACAUGUAUCCCGCAUAUCCCACGUGUAUACCACAUGUUACUCAUAUUUAUCUUGUAUGUAACUCACACGACACCCAUGCAUCCCACCUACAUAAUAAGCACAUUCACUAUCACGCUGUGUUCAAGCACAUCAAAAUUCUAAAAGCACAAGCGUAUCAAAACAAUUUCUAUAAUGUUCUAUGAACAUAAAAGGAAGUGCCUAUACACGUAGUUGUAGACCAAAAAAUAUGUGAUGUGAUAUUUGUGUAUUCUGCCUUUUGUUUCAUUUUCUCUGUAUAAUUCGAUUUUGUCAAGUUUAUGCAAAGAAUAGUUAUGCAAAAUCGAGAAAGCACUUUAUUUUUCUAUAACACUUUCGUUUUGAAUUAAAUCUUCUCAGAAGUAAAUGAGUCCCAAUCUAAUGACAUUGAACAUAUUUAACAGGCUAAACUUUUUUUGGUAAAUUACCAGAAAAUGAAUUUCAAAUUUAGGCGUUGUAAUAUGCGAUGUCAGGUUGCCAAAUCCGUAAAAGAUUAUUCUUAUUUUGGCACAUAUUUUAUAAUGGAACUUACAUUCAUCUACACUGCCCUUUGAGCAAUUUAGAUUGGCGUUUAUACACGUCACGUUUGAUUAAAAUUAUCUGCCCUCUGUUGAUUGGAAUCACCGACUGGCAGGCAGGAAGGGAAUAACUCUGAAAACAGUCUCAGCAUAUUGGAUAUGAAAAAGAAUGUGCUCGUAGAAAGGAUAUUAUUGCCAUGAUGUUAAAUCGAUCCCACUGGCAAGAUCGCAUUUUCUUCAGCCUUCUUAUCAGCGGCAAUUUACC